AUGUUCUUAUUCAGUAAAGUCUCAAAAGUGGAAUAUGUCGAACUUAACAUCGUGCAAAAUACGGAAUUAAGAUGGACUAUUCUUGUUACUCUAAAUUACGCAUUUCUAGAUUUUUUCUAUAAUUGGCUUUGGCAUUUCGAUAAACUUUCUUUACGGAACAAUAUCAUCGUGAUAGCCGAAGAUAAACAGGCGUUUCAUGAACUACAAAAUAUUACAAGAGACAAUAUCAGAGUCUGGUUAAGCAGAAAAAGCGACUCAAAUUCAAAAGCGGCUCUGAAUUUUAAUUCAUAUCAAUUUCUACAACUUAUGCGGGAACGACCUGGACAUAUUUUAGCAGCAUUACAAGAAUCAACGUAUGUGCUUUUUAACGAUGUUGAUACGGUAUGGAAGUCAAAUCCACUUCCGUAUCUACACUUAAACGAUUCCGUAGAAAGUUAUGACAUUUUAGCUCAAAUGGACGGCGGCGGUUUUUGUGCUGGAUUUUUAGCAUUUCGGAAAACAAACAGAACAUUAGAAUUUAUAAAAGAAUGGGGCACUCGUUUACGGUUGAAACGAGGAAAAAAUGAUCAAAUGAUUUUUAACGAGCUGGCAUCGGAGGGCUUUGCCGCAACACGAAUCAAAGGUCUCGACAGCGCGUAUUUUCCGGACGGACAAAAAUACUUUCAAAAGUAUAGCAGCGAGCAAAGACGAAACGUUGUGGUCGUGCAUAAUAAUUUCAUUUUGUCACAUGAUAGCAAGCUACAACGAUUUGAAAAGUUUGGAUUGUGGAACUUGUAAUCAAAGAGCCAUAUAUUGUCCACUAUCGAAAGGCGAAGGGGAUAUCACAGGCGUUCAAAGUUUGUAAAACGUAUCACGAAAAAACGUAGUUAAUUACAAAAUGAAGUAUGGCAAAUUGCAAAGAGUGUUAAAACUAAAAUAUAAUACUGCUGGAACCCUUCAACAAAAUGAUGAUAUUUACU